AUGACUGAAAAAAUUGCUCAGAUUGUCCCUCUCGGGGCAGGGCAAGACGUUGGUCGAUCUUGUAUACUGGUAACUAUCGGUGGUAAGAAUGUGAUGCUUGACUGUGGUAUGCACAUGGGCUAUCAGGAUGAACGACGUUUCCCAGAUUUUUCGUAUAUCGGUGGCGGAGGGAAGCUGAAUGAUUACCUGACCUGCGUGAUUAUAUCUCAUUUUCAUUUGGAUCAUUGUGGAUCCCUACCUCAUAUGAGUGAAAUUGUUGGAUUUGAUGGUCCCAUCUACAUGACUUACCCAACAAAAGCCAUUGCUCCUGUGCUUUUAGAGGAUUACCGAAAAGUGCAGACAGAGUUCCGAGGAGACACAAACUUCUUCACAUCGGCGAACAUUAAAGCAUGUAUGAAGAAGGUAAUAGCCGUAAAUCUCCAUGAGACAGUGCAAGUUGAUAGCGAACUGUCUAUACGUGCCUUCUACGCCGGUCAUGUGCUUGGCGCAGCCAUGUUCGAAAUCCGUGUUGGUCAUCAAAGCAUACUGUACACAGGUGAUUACAACAUGACACCCGAUCGACAUUUGGGAGCAGCUCGAGUGUUGCCAGGACUUCGACCCGACUGUCUCAUCUCAGAGUCAACUUACGCUACCACAAUUCGAGAUUCGAAACGAGCGCGAGAAAGAGAUUUUCUAAGGAAAGUCCACGAUAGAGUAAUGGCAGGAGGAAAGGUUUUGAUUCCUGUUUUUGCAUUGGGCCGAGCUCAGGAAUUAUGUAUUCUUCUUGAGUCAUACUGGGAACGAAUGGAUUUGAAAAUACCGAUUUAUUUUUCUCAAGGUUUGGCGGAGCGAGCAAAUCAGUAUUAUCGAUUGUUCAUAAAUUGGACCAAUGAAAAGAUCAAACGCACAUUUGUCGAAAGGAACAUGUUCGAUUUCAAGCACAUCAAGCCUCUUGAUAAGGGAUAUGAAGAAAUGCCCGGCGCCAUGGUGUUAUUCUCAACCCCAGGGAUGUUACAUGGAGGUCAGUCUCUGAAGGUAUUUCGGAAAUGGUGCCAUGACCCAAGGAAUAUGAUUAUAAUGCCUGGUUACUGUGUGGCUGGAACUGUCGGCGCGAAAGUAAUUAGUGGAAUGAAGAAGAUAGAAAUUGAGGGUAAAAUGCACGACAUCAAUCUGGCUGUAGAAUACAUGUCAUUCAGUGCUCAUGCCGAUGCAAAAGGAAUAAUGCAGCUGAUCAGAGAUUGCCAGCCCCGCAGUGUGAUGUUUGUGCAUGGUGAAGCAGCCAAAAUGGAAUUUCUCAAGGGAAAAGUAGAAAAGGAGUUCCGAGUUCCGGUACUGAUGCCUGCAAAUGGGGAGUCGGUGACAAUACCCGGAAUCGCUAAUUUAGAGGUCGAUGUACCUCAAGAUAUUGUACAACGAUGUCUGGAUCUCGACCCCACUCCAUCGAAAAAGGCUUGUCCUUUCUCGGCGUGUUUAGUUAUGGAUAAACAGAACGGAUUAGAGGUGAUCUCAUGUGAGGCAGCUGCCAGCAGGUUACAACUUGGCCUGCAUACUAUAACACUGUCACAAUUGGUGAAAUCCCGCUCAGUAGUUGAUUGGAGAGCCCUUUCUGAAGCAUUGUCUAUUCAUGACACCCACCUGCAACAUAAACAGGUCGAUGUACCUCAAGAUAUUGUACAACGAUGUCUGGAUCUCGACCCCACUCCAUCGAAAAAGGCUUGUCCUUUCUCGGCGUGUUUAGUUAUGGAUAAACAGAACGGAUUAGAGGUGAUCUCAUGUGAGGCAGCUGCCAGCAGGUUACAACUUGGCCUGCAUACUAUAACACUGUCACAAUUGGUGAAAUCCCGCUCAGUAGUUGAUUGGAGAGCCCUUUCUGAAGCAUUGUCUAUUCAUGACACCCACCUGCAACAUAAACAGGACGGCAUUGAGCUUUUUCAUGGUGAAAUAUGUGUGCUACCUGUGAAGGGUGAUGAGAAUCAGGCAAAGCGCACCCGGACCACGAUGCUCGCAGCCGGUCAGCUUGUUAGCGAUUGGCUCAGUGCUGAAGCUAUUGCCCCACACGUCGAACUGGGUGAUCUUCUCGAAUUUAGAAGAGUAGCUCGAAUUGGAGGAGCCCCACGAAAUAUAUACACGCAUUGGGGUGUGUACAUAGGACGUCAUGAGGACAUCCCACUUGUUGUUCAUCUUUCCGGUGGCGAUGGAGAUUUUGAUAAAAUAGGUGAAGGCAAAGUUGACUCGCUCAGCGGUGGACCGUCUAGUCUAAUUAAAGCAUGCACUGCCCAGGUUCGUUGUGAUCCAUUGCUGUCGAUAGCCCGUGAAGAUCUGGUGAGAAUCAACAACGCUCAUGACGUUGAUCAUCAGCCGUUCCCUCCAAGGAUAGUCGUAGAACGAGCCGUACUCCAGCUAGGUUCCGGGAAUUACAGUAUCUUCAUGAAUAACUGCGAACAUUUUGUCAAGUGGUGUCGCUAUGGAAACAGGAUCAGUGGACAGGUGAGGAUUUGCAAUUGGUUUGCGUGUGAAGUUUAA